AUGUCAAAAUUUUGGUUCAGAUUCAUUCAAUUUCAAAUAACUUCUGGUUCUCUGCAUACAAAAAAUACACUGACCAAAAUGUCUAAGAGAAGUAGUUUUCACAGAGCUCCGAAAUUUAAGCCUGAAGUAAAAGCCGCCAAUAACAGACCUAAAUAUUCGGUUACUAUGUCCAGUAGGAAAGAGAAAGUUGAGGUUCUUCCUGAACCCAUCAAGUCUGUGUCAGAUAAGAAACUUUACAAGACAAUUAGGUUGGAGAAUGGCCUCACAGCACUCCUUAUAUCAGAUCCAAGUCGGCAAUUUGUAGCUGAUGAAAACAGUUCAAGUGAAGAAGAGUCAAGUGGUUCUGAUGAGAGUUCCGGGGCGGAAAGUGAUGGUAGUAAAUCUGGUCAGUCAGCAGCCAGUGACCAACACGGCAGUAAAAAGCGCUCGGAGUUUGAUGAGGAAAAACUAGCGGCAUGUGCGCUCUCUGUUGGAGUGGGCAGCUACAGCGAUCCCCCCGAAAUUCAAGGCCUCGCUCAUUUCGUUGAACAUAUGGUCUUUAUGGGCAGUGAGAAGUAUCCCAAGGAGAAUGAGUUUGACUCUUUCAUUAAGAAAAAAGGCGGCUCCGAUAAUGCUUCAACUGACUGCGAAAUUACAACGUUCUACUUCGAGAUUCAAGAGAAGCACCUGCCCCAAGCUAUGGAUAUUUUCAGCCAGUUUUUCGUCAGUCCGCUGAUGAAAAAGGAGGCCAUGCAGCGGGAACGAGAGGCUAUACAGUCAGAGUUCGCGAUCGCGGCGCCGUCGGACUCGAACCGCAAGGAGCAGCUGCUGUCGAGCACGUUCCCGGCGGGGCACCCGGCGCGCACGUUCACGUGGGGCGACGUGCGCAGCCUGCGCGAGCGCGUGGCGGGCGACGAGCGCCUGCACGCCGCCGCGCACCGCUUCCGCGCGCGCCACUACAGCGCGCACCGCAUGACCGUCGCCGUGCAGGCUCGUAUGGAAUUAUCAGCUUUAGAACAGUACGUCGUGAACACGUUCGGACAGAUACCCACGAACAAGUUGCCGCCCGAUGACUUCUCCGAGUUCGCCUUCAAACCCGAAAUGGUUUCUCCGGAAUUCAAAAGUCUCUACUACAUAAAACCCGUCAGUGAUACGACUGAGGUACACUUGACGUGGUGUAUGCGUUCGUUGAUAUCCGAGUACGAAUCAAAACCACAUCAGUACAUAUCGUACUUACUGGGUCAUGAAGGCAAGGGCAGCUUACUCUCCUAUCUAAAGAACAGGAUAUGGGCGCUCGGUAUAUACACGGGUAAUUCAGAGAGUGGGAUCGACUAUACAUCUAUGUACAGUCUCUUCUCGAUACAGGUCGUGCUCACUAAGGAUGGACUGGAACACGUCGACGAGGUUCUAGAAGCGAUAUUUUCAUAUAUCAAUAUGUUGAAGAAAAUCGGUCCAUCAGAACGUAUAUACAAAGAAUUAAAGACGAUAGAAGAGACCAGUUUCCGUUUCGAGGCGGAGUCGCAGCCGGCCGACUACGUGGAGUCGUUGGCUGAGAACAUGCACUUCUUCCCCCCCGAGCACUACAUAUCCGGGGAUAAGUUGUACUACAAGUUCGAACCUCAGAGAAUCACGGAGUUGUUGGAUUGUAUGAGUGCGGAUAUGGUCAACAUUAUGAUCCUGUCCAACAAGCACUCCACGCCCAUACACUACGAUGCCAAGGAGGAGUGGUUCGGCACCGAAUACAAGAAAAUAGAAAAACCAAAAGCAUGGCUAGACAAGUGGUUGAACGUCGAGCCGUACAAAGAUUUCUACUUGCCGGAGAAGAACAUAUAUAUCACAACAAACUUCGACCUCGUCCCUCCCGCCCCGCCGUACCUCGAGGAAGCCGAGAAACUGGGGGUCGACCUCAAGAACAGUUCCGUUAAAGAUAUACACAAGAAGGUUUCUUCGAGCGAGAGAGACACGAAAGUGUUGACGCAAGGGGAGUUGAUGGCUACCGUUAAUAACUUUAGGUUAGACCAGCCCAACCUGCUGCGCAAGAACCGUCACAUGGAGCUGUGGUACAAGCCCGACUUCAAGUUCCGGCUGCCGACCGCGCUGCUCUACUUCUACUUCAUCACCCCGCUCAGCCUGCGCUCGCCGCGGGAGGCGUGUCUCAUUGAUCUUUGGACUGAUGUCAUGCAACAAGGACUGAAGGAAGAAGUGUAUCCUGCGAACAUGGCGGACCUGGCGCAUUCGUUAUACGUUUCCGAUAAAGGGUUCACGUUGAAAGUUAGUGGCUACAAUCAAAAUCUACACCUGCUGGUGGCGCUGGUGGGGCGCUCGGUGCGCGCGGGCGCGCGCUCGCUGCCGCGCGCGCUGUUCGACGCCGUGCGCGACGUGCGCGCGCGCACCUACCACAACGUGCUCAUCAAGCCGCACAAGCUCGCCAAGGAUAUUCGAAUGAAUAUUUUACUAGAGCCGUACAUUUCACCACGAGAUAAAGCUGCGGCUAUACACAAUAUUACAUUAGCGGAUCUGCAAGAUUUCAGCGAAAGAUUGCUAGACAAACUUUACUUACAGGUACUGGUACAGGGAAAUAUGCCAUGGCACGAAGCUAUUAAAAUAUCAGAGAACGUUCUGGAUACAAUUAAAUGGGAACCGUUGGCAGAGAACGAAUUCCCCGAAGUGAAGGUGCACCGGCUGCCCCUCGGCGAGCGCAAGAUCCGCGUGCGGAGCCUGAACCCCUCGUCCACCAACAGCAUCGUCACCAACUACUACCAGGGAGACGCCACCACGCCCAAGCACACCGCGGCGCUGGAGGUGCUGAUGAUGCUGAUGGAGGAGCCGGUCUUCGACGUUUUAAGGACCAAAGAGCAACUCGGCUACAGCGUCUUCAGCAUGAUGAGGUACACCUUCGGCGUGCUAGGAUUCUCCGUAACGGUCAACACGCAAGUCGACAAAUUCAGCGUGGCGCACGUGGAGCAGCGCGUGGAGGCGUUCCUGAAGAAGUUCGCGCGCGACACGCGGCGCGGCGGCGAGCGCGCGCUGGCGGCCGCGCGCCACGCGCUCACGCAGCUCAAGCACACCACCGACUACGAGCUCAAGGAGGAGGUCGAGAGAAAUUGGCGCGAGAUAGUUAGUCGGGAGUAUCAGUUUCAGAGACUGUUCGUAGAGGCCGAGGCGAUUGAACAAAUUAGACUUGCUGAUAUAAAAAGUUGGAUCGACGAUCACUUCAGUAGUGGGAAUAAGUCACACUUUAGAAAAUUGUCUAUACAGAUAGUGGGAAAUAAGCCUAAAGAUGAGAAUGAAAUAACUGACGAAAAGCCCAAAAAUUUAACGCUUAAUUAUUUGGAUGGAAAUGAAGAUAGUGUGGAGAACUCCGCCGAUGGGAACGAUGCGGACUUUAUAAGAGACAUUGAUAGCUUCAAGAAAGAUCUACCAAUUAUCGAUGUUCCUAAAGUCGAAUUAGCUCAAUGUUAAUAUAAUAGGGCUUAAAGAGUUUUUAUAUAGACACAACUUGACCAACUAAGUUACUUACGGUGUUGCUACUUACAUAAAUAUACAUUAUUUAUAUAUUUAACGAAUGACUAACCAUAUUUAUACAAUUGUAUAGAAAGUUAUAUA